UUUCGCGGGUGUCCAGUGAGUGAAGAUGAAACCCACAAAACUAGUCUUAUAGAGACGCAUUUUGAUAUAAAAAAAAAACCAAUAUUAAAGAAAAAUAAAAUAUACAUACAGAGGCAUUUCCAUUCACAAAAAGAAGACAUCGUGGCUCGUGCAAGUGAUUCAUAGCUUUUACAUUAGUUUUGUGAGGUGUGAUUACUCAUCGAAAAAUGCUCAAUUGGUGCGCAUUUUUGGCAUUUUUGGCCACCUGUAUGGCCUACAAUUUAUCACCAACACCCAAUCACAUCAUCCAGGAACCACCUCAAGUGACAAGUUUCGAUCCAAAGAAGAAUCAAAGCUCCUACUUUGGCUACAGCAUCAAUUUGCGGCCGGACAGUAUCCUAGUUGGAGCUCCACGUGCUGUUGCACGUUUAGAAAGUCAAAGGAAUGUUCGUGAACCAGGAGCUAUCUACAAGUGCAACAUUGAAUCAUCUUCAUGCAAUUUGUAUGCCUUCGACAGGCAAGGAAAUGUUGUGGUUGAAGACGAUCCAAUUCAUUCGGAAACAAAGCAUGAACAAUGGUUGGGUGGCGCUAUGGAUGGUGCAGGAAGUGAUGAAGGAAAAUUCGUAGCCUGUGCCUCACGCAACUACAUCACAUACGGAGGAAAAGAAUACUUCCUUCACGGGAUCUGCUAUUGGGUUGAGAAUACAACAGACCUACAACCACAGAGGACACGAAAAAUUGCUCCAUUACGGACACUUAGAAAUCAAGUCAUAGAAAUAGAAAAUGAGAAAAGAUAUUUCUACAUGAUGGCUCAGAGUGGUAUAAGUGUGCACGUAACAGAAGACAAUGAAGAGAUCCUUAUAGGAGCUGUUGGUCUAUUUAAUUGGAAGGGCACGGUUAUUAGAUACAGGACAAUUAAAAUUGAUGGUAAUCUCUCAAGGAGAGAAACGAGUAGUCUUAAAAAGAAACGUCAAACCUUCAAUAUCCCCGUCAGCUAUACUUCCGACAUUCCGAACCCUGAUACAUGGCAACAACCGGAUGACUCCUACUUUGGAUACUCUGUUGGAUCUGGUUUCUUUUAUGGAUCAGGUUCCGGGAAGCUUCUCUAUGUAGCCGGUGCACCGCGUGUUGAUGAAGUAUACCUAUUUGAUAUUGUUCAACAACCCGGUGCAACGGAAACUAUGACAAUUCAGAAGUUUUGGACCUUUCAUGGACUUCAAUUUGGUGAAUAUUUCGGAGCGACUCUCCUUGUUGAAGACUUUAAUGGGGACGAACUACCAGACAUUGCCAUUGGAGCUCCAUUUCAUCGUACAGAUGAACAUGAUAAUGGAGCAGUCUACGUCUACCUUAAUCAAGGAAAACUCCAAUUCACCGAGGAUCCAAUAAAACUAACAUCAGACUAUGAAAUGAGUGGAAAAUUCGGAACGACUUUAGGGAAAAUUGGUGAUAUAAAUUUGGAUGGAUUCAAUGAUCUAGCCAUUGGAGCUCCGUAUGAAGACGAAGGAGCUGUCUACAUCUACCUGGGAAGCAAGGAAGGUAUUCAGAAGAAAUCUGUACAAAAACUAACAUCUCCAGGUGGGAAUCCCCUUUUCGGCUACAGCAUUUCCCGCGGAGUUGAUAUUGAUGGCAAUGGGUACAGGGACAUAGCAGUGGGAGCACCUGAGAAUGAACUAGUCUUCAUCUAUCGUACAUACCCCGUUGUCAAAGUUAUGGCCUCAGUUAAUCCCCAAAAUCGAGAACUAGACAUUGGUGAACGAAGAUUGAAGUUUAACGCCUGCUACUUCCUGCAGUCACCAACAACAUUCCCCAGCAACGUUCGACUUCAACUUAAACUUGUUGCUGAUGCGCAAUAUGAAAGGGUAAAGUUCCCCGAUGAUGGUAAAUCCAGCAUGGAAUUUGAAGUCACCCCUCAGAGCUACAGUCAGUGCAAAGUUUUCGAUGUUGAAGUUAAUUCAAAAACAGAAAUAAUCUUCAAACCAAUUGAUCUGGAGAUGUCAUGGAAGAUUUUGGAUAAUAUUCCGCAAGAAAGUGAAUUUUGCGAUCACUGUGUCUUCCUCAAUCCACUCGACGCUUCGUACGUUCGUAGUCAGGUUGUCUUCAAUACUGGCUGCAAGAAUACACCAUGUAGGGCUGAUCUUCGUCUUUCGGGCACCCUCCAAGCCCCCAAUCCAUUCAUCCUUGGAACAGCACAGCAUCUGAGAGCACAGUACGAGGUAGCAAAUUACGGGGAAACUGCCUACCUUCCUAGGAUAACAGUUCAGAAGAGUCCUAGCCUGAACUUUAUGCAAAUCCUACCGAAUUGUCAUCUAGACGAGGAUGGUGACACAAUGACCUGUGAUCUGUCAACACAGCCCCUUCUUAGAGGUGAAACACGGAGUAUUGCCUUCAGAUUUGAUCCAUCAUCCCUCGAUGGGAGUGAAUUUGUAAUAACAGCCAAUGUCUCAAGUACAGGAGAUGAGGAGAAUCCACUUGACAACACAAUGGACUUCACCAUUCCUAUUCAAGAAUUCAGCACAAUUGAAAUUGUUGGACGAUCCUCACCGCAAUUUGUUGCCAUAAAAGAUCGAACGGAUCAGGAGAACUUGACGCAUAUCUUUGAAUUCCGAAAUAUCGGUCCAACAUCCCUACGCUCAUCGCAAUACCAACUAAUCUUUGACAUUCCUGUUUCACUCCUGCACAGAAGUCGUUGGGUUAACUUUAUCCAUUUUUCCGACAUUAAAACAAAGAUUACCUACAAAUCCUACACCCUAAAUGUAGUCUGGAGUCAAAAUGAUACGAUCCUCCUGCAGAAUCCCAUUGAAUACUCAACAAGUUUUCCCGCAAUACCAGAUGAUCUCAGUGGAAUUAACUAUGAUUCAUCAAAAAUGGGAUUGGAUAUUCCACUUGAAGAUCCUCAUCAAGUUCAGGAAGAAGAGGAUGCUUUCUACAGAAGGCGACGUGACGUUGAGUCUACAAGCUCAUUCAAUCCCUACACAUUGGCAAUACGUGAUGAACACCCAAGCAGUGCUAGAAGUCUCGAUGAUGCUGUAUUUGGUUCCAGAAUCAACAAAACCAUCUUUUUGGAUUGCAAUCAAAUUGAUGUAUCCUGCAUCAGGGGAACUGUUGUCAUUCCUGCUGCAUUAGCAUCAAAGGAUCCCGCUGUUUUAGUCAAAAUAACCUUUCCAGUUCACCUAGAAGCCAUUAAUUCUGUACUGGAUGAGAACAGAGACUCCCUCCUGCUCAGAAUUACUCCAACAUUAACCAAAGAAAAUGAUGAACAGAAGAAAACAAUUCAAAUUACUGAGAUUCCGUCGUACACGCAUUUUGUACAGGAUAUCCCGCAGGAAUUGCAAAUCUGGGUAAUUGUUGUUUCCGUUAUAGGUGGCAUACUUCUUCUAACCAUCAUCACCUACAUUCUCUAUCGGUUGGGAUUCUUCAAACGUGAGAAGAAAGCCGAAAUUGCGAGAUUAGUUAGAGAAAGUCAAAUUCAAGCUGCAAUGGAAAGUGAAGAUGAUGACUAAAGUGUUCACGGCAAAAGUAAUCACAUGACAGACUCCAAGCAUUCCAAAAAAAAACUAUUUUCUAUAGAAUAUUGUGAACCUAGGUGCCAUUAGUUUUUUUUAUAGAUUUAUUUUAGAAAAAAAAAGUCAAAUUAAGGCCUUUAAUUAGUUCCAGUGAGGCCAGCGAGUGAUAAUUUUAUAGUCACUUUUUUUAAAUUAAAAAUGUUUGAUUUUUUAAAUUUUAAUUUAGGUAUCUUUAGAUUUAUUUUUUAAAAUUAAAUCCUACUUUUCAGAUUCUAACGUUUCAUCGAGUAUUUAAAGUCACAAAAACAAAAGAAAUUUAUGAGAUUUUGUACAAAUAAUAUUUCAUUACUUAAUAGAAUAAAAAUAUUUAGUAAUAAGUA